ACGAACGCUCCAUGGACCUUCGCCUUAUAACAGCUUUGUACAUGUACACACGUGUGGAGUUUUAACAUAUUGCUUCCUCGUUCUAAGGUCUCAGUUAAGGCGUCUGAAGAUGAGUGAUGAGGUGGAGCGGUUGCUGAUCCGUUUCCAGGAUGAGAACGGGGAGUUUCUGGGCUCCCCUUUCGAUGUUCCUGUCGACAUCACUCCUGAUAAACUGCAGCUGGUCUGCAAUAUGUUGCUGCAGAAGGAGGAGGCGGUGCCGUUGGCGUUUUUUGCCCGUGGUGAUACGGAGAUUGUGUCCAGUCUGAGUGUCUGUGUCAAGGAGCUGGCAUGGGAGACUGAGCAGGUGCUGCCGGUGAUGUACCAGCCCCAGGCCGUGUUCCGGGUGCGAGCUGUCACCCGCUGCACCAGCACGCUGCAGGGGCAUACCGAAGCCGUCAUCUCCACCGCUUUCAGUCCCACCGGAAAAUAUUUGGCCAGCGGGUCGGGUGACACCACGGUGCGCUUUUGGGACUUGAUGACAGAAACGCCGCAUCACACUGCCAAAGGGCACUCACAUUGGGUUCUAAGCAUCGCCUGGUCGCCUGAUGGCAAGAAGCUUGCGUCAGGAUGCAAAAACAGUCAGAUCUUUCUGUGGAAUCCAGUGACAGGCACACAAAUCGGGAAGACCUUGACCGGACACACCAAAUGGAUCACUUGGCUUUGCUGGGAACCUCUCCACCUCAACGCCGAGUGUCGCUACCUGGCGAGCAGCUCCAAAGAUGGCUCGGUGCGCAUCUGGGACGUGGUGCUCGGCCGCUGCGACAAGAUCCUGACGAGCCACACGCAGUCGGUGACCUGUGUCAAGUGGGGCGGCGACGGGCUCCUGUACACAUCGUCGCAGGACAGGACCGUGAAAGUGUGGCGGGCCAAAGACGGUGUCCAGUGCAGGACGCUGCAGGGUCACGCUCACUGGGUCAACACGUUGGCUCUCAGCACCGACUACGUGCUAAGGACAGGCGCCUUUGAACCGGCAAGCGCCACCGUUAACCCACAGGACCUCACCGGAUCACUGGAGGAACUAAAGAACAAAGCCUUGCAGCGAUACAAUAAUGUUCGGGGUUCCAACCCGGAACGCUUGGUAUCAGGCUCGGACGACUUCACCUUGUUCCUGUGGAAUCCGGCUGAGGAGAAGAAGCCUCUGGCCCGGAUGACGGGCCACAGCGCCUUGGUCAACGAGGUGCUUUUCUCCCCUGACACCCGGCUGCUGGCCUCGGCCUCCUUCGACAAGUCAGUCAAAAUCUGGGACGGCCGCACUGGAAAGUACUUGAUGUCCCUCCGUGGCCACGUGGGCUCCGUAUAUCAGGUGGCGUGGUCAGCCGACAGCCGGCUGCUGGUGAGCGGGAGCAGCGACAGCACGCUCAAAGUUUGGGACGUCAAGAGUGGGAAGCUCAAUAUGGAUCUUCCUGGCCAUGCAGAUGAGGUGUUUGCUGUGGACUGGAGUCCUGAUGGACAGCGAGUGGCCAGCGGUGGUAAAGACAAAUGCCUCAGAAUAUGGAGAAGAUAGCUAUAAUGGCCACAACCUCCAUUUCCUUCCCACCAAGUGAUCUAAAAGCCAGAGUAAAGAUGCUUCAGAGUCAAUUUGGCGUUGAAAAGCGUCGUCAUGGUGACUCGCUGACACAAACAAGGUCAGAAUAUGAAGACUUUGCCUCAGGUGGUAUGUGUUUGUAACAGUUGGGACUGCUUACAACUCCCCCACGCCCUCAGCCUUUAAUCUUCUCCCUCCUGAAAGCCUCAACCUGUGGAGCUCCUCAGAACUGCAGCGAAGCCAAUUGUCACACACAGUCAAACCCCAAUUACUCAACAAAUAAAUAUGUACACCACAGAUUUUCCAUAUGACACCAGCAACGUUUAUUACACCGUGAAAACAUCAGUUUGUUUCCUGAUUUCUUUUUUUUUUUUAACAGUCGAAACGAUUGCACAGGUUAGUCACACACUCACACACACAAUGGGAAACAACAUUCAGAUGCAUAAUGGCGUCUCAUGUUUGGAGUUUGGCAAAAAAUAAAUAAAAAAGACUCAAAAGGC